AUCUCUCUUCAUCAAUGGCAGAUAACACAGUGAAUCUUCCUCCUGGAUUUAGAUUCUAUCCAACUGAUGAAGAACUGAUCGUUCAUUUCCUUCACAGGAAAGCUUCGCUCCUACCUUGCCAUCCUGAUGUCAUCCCUGACCUUGAGCUCUAUCCCUACGAUCCAUGGGACCUCCAAGGGAAGGCUCUAGGGGAGGGAAACCAAUGGUAUUACUAUAGCAGGAGGACUCAGAAUAGGGUUACAGUGAAUGGGUAUUGGAAAGCAAUGGGAAUGGAAGAGGCAGUAAUUGCAGCAAGCAGUAAUAAGAGAGUUGGAAUGAAGAAAUAUUUUGUGUUUUUUGAAGGAGAACAUCCCAAUUCCGGCAUUAAAACCAACUGGGUAAUGCAAGAGUAUCGUCUUUCAGAUUCUUCUUCUUCCUCCUCUAGCAGAUCGCCAUCGUCAUCGUCCUCAAGAAGAAAAUCUCAACCAAAACCAGAUUACAGAAAGUGGGUGAUUUGUCGAGUUUAUGAACGGGAUAAUGAUGAUGACGAUGAAGAUGGUGGUGAUAAUGGAAUAGAACUGUCUUGUUUGGAUGAAGUGUUCUUGUCAAUGGAUGAUCUUGAAGAAAUAAGCUUACCAGUUAGUUAGCAUGCAAGAACUGAAUCUAUGUGUACUGAUUACUUCUUUGCAAAAUUUCAUUACAAAUUUCAGGACAAGAGAGACAAA